GCCGAAGCCGAGCGGCCGCGGUGGGGGCAGCCCGGCCGGGGCGGCUGAGGGCGGGCGCACGGUGCCGACCAGCACCCAAGGCAGCCGGUACCGGGGGCUGGGCCAGGAACGGGGACCGGGACCGUGGGUCGGACCGGACAGAGGGGACCGGGGUAGUGCCAGGGAGCGGGUCCCGGGAGCGGGGCUGUGCCAAGGGGACGGAGCAGGUGCGGAUUCCGGCGGCACAGCCUUAGAAUAACGAGGGUCCUCGGUGCGAGGGAGAGCGGGAGGAGAGAAAGGACCGGGACUGGGAGAGGGGGGUCCCCGAUCCCAACAGGCGGUGACAGGAGAGGUCCCAGGACCAGAAUCGCUGCGUUCGGAUGGGAUAAGGGGAGGUUCCGGUACCGGAGCGCACUGCGGGGACCGUGGAGAGGAGGCGGCAUCAGCGUUUGGGAUUUAGACGGGAAGGGGGAGCAAGCUCGGGGUAAGAUCCCGGUGCCGGUCCUGGGGCAGCCUCAGGAGCCCGGCGUCCAGUGCCAGCGCAGUGCCCGGAGCCGGGUGCCGGUGCCCGGUGCUGGGACGCAGCUCUGCGAGGGCUUUCCCUGAGGCUCGGGCUGGGUCGGGGGCUCCCCCGGAGCGGGGUGCAGCUCCGGGCGGGGGGUGCCGAUACCGUGGGCGCGCAACCGGCGGCGCUCCGAGUGGGUGGCGGCACCGGCGGGGGGGUACGGGGGGGCGGUCAGUCGUCCCGAGCGGCCGCGGAUCCCGCAGCAAGGACGGGACCGUGGGUGUGAGAAGGAAACGGCGCCGACCCGCCCCUGGCACCGCGACCAUCUAAAAGCCCCGGGGCCGCCACACCGGGACCAUGCCCGCCCCAGCCGCCCGUGCCCCCGGUGACUGAGCGGGACCCGCGGAGGCAGCGGAGCCCGGCGGGCGGGAUGCCCCGGUGGAGGCCGCUCGCCCUCGUCCUGCUCGGGCUCGCCGCCUGCCUGCUGGCCGCGCCGGUGCUGGGCUGCGGCCCGGGUCGGGGUCCGGUGGGUCGGCGGCGGCUGGGGCGGCGGCAGCUUUCGCCUCUGCUCUACAAGCAGUUCGUGCCCAACGUGCCCGAGCAGACGCUGGGGGCGAGCGGGAAGGCGGAGGGCAAAGUGCUGCGGGGCUCGGAGCGCUUCAGGGACCUGGUGCCCAACUACAACCCCGACAUCAUCUUCAAGGACGAGGAGAACACGGGGGCGGACCGGCUCAUGACCGAGCGCUGCAAGGAGCGUGUGAACUCGCUGGCCAUCGCGGUGAUGAACAUGUGGCCGGGGGUGAAGCUGCGGGUGACAGAGGGCUGGGAUGAGGACGGGCAUCACCUCCCCGACUCUCUGCACUACGAGGGCCGGGCGCUGGAUAUCACCACAUCCGACCGUGACCGCCACAAGUACGGCAUGCUGGCACGCCUGGCUGUGGAGGCUGGCUUCGACUGGGUCUACUAUGAGUCCAAGGCACACAUCCAUGUCUCUGUCAAAGCAGAUAACUCGCUGGCCAUCCGCACCGGUGGCUGCUUUCCCGGCCACGCCACCGUGACGCUGGAGAGCGGCGAGCGCCGGGGCCUGGCUGAGCUGCGCCAGGGUGACUGGGUGCUGGGCGCCGAGCCAGGCGGGCGCCUGGUGCCCACCGAGGUGCUGCUCUUCCUCGACCGGGACCUGGGCCAACGCGCCUCCUUCGUGGCCAUCGAGACGGCCAGCCCAGCGCACCGGCUGCUCCUCACCCCGUCCCACCUGGUAUUCGCGGCCCGCGGGGCGGCCAACGGCUCCGCCGCCUUCCUGCCCAUCUUCGCUCGCCGCGUGCGCCCCGGUGACGCCGUGCUGGCCCACGGGGCUGGCGGGCAGGGGCUGCGCCCCACGAGGGUGCUGAGGGUCUCUCGGGAGGACGGCGUGGGGGUCUUUGCCCCUCUCACCUCCCACGGCACCUUGCUGGUCAAUGGGGUGCUGGCAUCCUGCUAUGCCGUCCUGGAGAGCCACCGCUGGGCCCACCGGGCUUUUGCCCCCCUCCGCCUGUUCCACGGGCUCCUCUCGCUGCUGCCGGCCCACCCCGAGGUGGGCAAUGGGACGGUGCCGGAGGUGGGCAUGCACUGGUACUCCCGCCUGCUCUACCGCCUGGCUGGGGGUGUGCUGGGCCAGGAGACCCUGCAGGUGUAGGGGUUCCUGCCCCCCCAGUUAGCACAUGGCAGGAGAUGCCGCACACUGGAAACGGGGGGCUCCAGCCCUGGGCACCCCUCGGACCCGGGGAGGAGGGACAGGGGCACCCCCCGUGCUGUGGGGAGGUUGGGGCUCAGCCCUGCCCUGGGGUGAUGGAGUGUCCAGGGGUGGCCCAGGGACCUGGCUCAGCCCUGUUCUGUGUCCCAGAGCCCCCCACAGCUGGGUCCUCACACCCGGACCCCCACAUGCUCUCCUGGUAUUUAUUGCUUUAUUAACCACUGCGCUGGGGCCGGGGUUGGUGCCUGUCAAACCACAUCUCAGCACCACCAAACCCUGUCCUGGGGCCAAAUCCAGCUGGGAGGAUGCCAAAAACACCCCACCACCAAGCACUUGGCAGCAGUUCCUGCCUGUCCCCCUGCUCUGGGUCUGUCCCUGUCACCCACAGUGUCCCUGUCCCUGCACCACAGGGUGGCUGGACAGGGUGUCUGCCGUGAGCACCGGGUGUCUGCCGUGGGCAUGGGCACCCCGUGCCAGGUCCAACUCUAACUAUGCUAACCGCUAACCCACCCUGCUUGAGAGUUUUAUUUUUCUAUUUAUAAAUGGUAAUAUAAAUGUCCCCCAUGCCUGCCUGUCCCAGCAGCGAGGCUCACCCCACGGGGCAGGGGGCAGCCUGCUUUUAACCACUUCAGUUUAAAAAAACAAAAGAAAUACUACUAUUUAAUUGUUUGGGAAAAUAAAGAAAUAUGGCCCUAUUGAAA